AUGCGAAUGAAACGGUUUGACGACGUGAACGGUGUGACGAUUCCAGCGCUCUAUGGAAAACAGCUUUUGUGCUCUAUGGACGAUAAGGACGACAAGUACUGGUCGAACCUAGCGUAUCAGCGCAAGAAUAUCAAUAGUGUUGCAUUGAGAGAUGAGGUAGUAGACGUCCAGUCACAAAAGAUGAGCAAAUUCGUUCUGGAACGUAUUCAUCCUCUCCUUCAACAGUUGGUAUUGUAUCAAAAAGCGAGCCGAGAUGUUAAAGAAAUUCUUACUGUGGUCAAAGAAUUUAUUGAAGGUGAAUGGGCGGUAGUGGAUGUACAGGAACGAGCAGCGUGCGAGGCAGCGAUUCUCAUUGCUUUACGGAUCGGCGCUGAGUCCUCGAUAUCAAAGGGUUACUGGAACCGCGAUCGUUCGAGAUAUGCUGCUGUGAUACAUGCCUGUCUUCGAAGAGACAAUGCGAAAACCAGUCAAUAUAUACAGCUCAACUCCAUCAAAUUCCGACAUGUCCAUUCACUGCUUUCUGCUUUGUUAUCGAACAUCGAAGGCGAUUCCAUUGUGGUAUUCUCAGUCUUGCAAGCUAUCUUUGAUCUCACUCAAUACAUACUUUGUUCCGAUGCAUUGAGAAAAGAGUUCCUAUUGCCUCAAUGUGUUCCAUUGUAUGGAAAGCUUGUUUCUGUUUCCUUAGAAGUCCUUUCCAAUUACUCGAAAGAUUUUAGAUGCAGAUGGGUGACUCUUGCAAUAUUAGAAGUACUGGUGAGCUCUUCUAAGGACAGUUUGUCCCUAUGCAUUGUGCUACCUGGGUUAUCUUCCACUUUGGCCACUACGAUCUGUGAAUCAGUCAACGAGCAUUUGGAUAUCACAACUACGUCUUUAAAGGUGAUAUCAAUGGCUGUGCGAUAUUCCUUAGCAGAUUCGGCGGAGGAUAUUGCUAACGUCGAAGAAUCGAAAGAAAUCAAGCCAGAAAUACUUGAACUUUUGGUGAGACGGAAUAUUGAGUGGAAAACUAUGUCAGCUGUGAACAUCAGCAAAAUAAUACGGAUGUUAUGCUCGACUCUAGCGGUACAUCCUGAUGAACAUGUUCGAAUGACGCUCUUGGAAGUUGUUGAUUCUAUCCGAACUGAUUGCAAGAAAGCGUUUAAUGGGGCUUUAGAUCCUUUUCUGUUGGAUUUGUUGCUGAUAGUACGCGGAACUACUUCAUUUGACAGUGAGGUUGUUUUGCGACUACGAGCAGAGAACGUAUCUGCAUUCUCUCUCCAUAUGCAUGGAAAGCUACGAGAGUUAGCCGAGAGAAUACCAUUGUACGUGAGGAAAAGAACUUCAAAUAACGAUCUCAUGUUCCAUCAGUUAGCGGGAGUGCUGUCCUGUCUGGAAUUGGAUGUGACCAGACUAGCUAUCUGCCGAGCACCAUCCUUACAAACCAUACUCUGCGCUCUAGCCUCAUCCUUGUGCGUAGAUGUACGACGAGUUCUGAUUAGCCGUACUCAGAUUCGUGAAUCUUCUGUGGAGUUCUUGAAGUCUUUACCCUUCUCGUUUGAUGUAAAAAUUGGUUGGAUACUUCCCGUUUGCAAGUUGCUUGCUAUUCACGGAGGAGUUGAGGUAAUCGACAUAGCUGCAUCUGAGAUGGUGGAAAGCUCAAAGAGUGAUCGUGCUUCUCUUGCAAUCCUGAUAACUUUGAUCUUGGCAGAGAUGGAACCGCAAGAUGAUUCACACAUUCUGUAUUUGCUUACUGAGACAUGUAUCGAUUGGAUCAGAGAUGCCCGUCCAGAAGAGCAUACACGCGAUGACAUCAUUGAACAUAAGGUACCUGUCCCGAGCGGAGAAACUAUCCUUUCCAUUUCUUUGGUAUCGCUAGUAGCCGUCACCUUUACUCGCAUCAACGAGGAAAAGAAGCAAUUGAAGCUGCUGACUGCCUUUUUAUACGAGUUACUUGGCCUUUAUGCGAUAACUAACUGGAUUGUGCAUGAUGCAGCCGAUUGUGCAUUGAAUCAAAUAGCUAGUACCAUGUCACUCUCUGUAUCCGAGUUUUUAUAUGAACGAGGAACCUAUCUUGUACACAAGAUUGCUCUGGCAUCUCGCUCUCGUAGAGAGCACUAUCAUGCUCCUAUUGUAUUCUCGGCCCUUCUAGAAAGGGUAGAUGACCCACGAAUGUACGAUCACGUGAGACACAUUGUGGAAGAUCUUCUGCUCGCGUUGGACAGAUUCAAACAGGAGUACUGUAUAUUAAUUUUACGAUCCAUGUUAGCCUUUGUUACCGCUGCGGGAAGAUGGUUUCCAGAACUUGAACCGCCACAAGAGGAGGAUAUGUCGCCCGCUGAAGAGGACCAACUGACCGAAAAUCAGGCAAUGGAAACUAAGAAAGCACCACCACCACUACCAAUUCAAAGUGUCGAAUGUGUUCUACUCAGAACGAAACACCUGCUAUCGUCAUCGCACUUUCCAAUAAGAAUACUUGUAAUGAAGAUAUUACGUGAGGGAUUUUGGGUGUUGAGAAAUUUCGAUGAUCAAUUGUUACCGAUGGUACAUCAGAACUGGGAAGUGUUGAUUAACAGAUUUCGUGAUAAAGAGUUGGAAGUGCGUCACGAAGCUCUCAAGGUUGUCACCCAAAUAGUACGCCUCUCCAAAACCUUUGUCUAUCGUAAAGUGCGCUAUCAAAUGUGGCCAAUUCUUGGUAAGUGGAUGCAUGACGCUAGCAUCCACACUUAUUCUACGACAUCUGUAGCGUAUAAAUACCAGCUGUUUGUUUUGCAGAGUGUCGCCGAGAUUUUCAUCGGGAUAGAGGCUUCAUCAGAUGAUUUGAAUUUGGUGUUGGAGAUGCUGGCUUUGUACUGCAACAGAACAGGGACUCCUCAACUGAAAAAAGAGGCAGAAUCUGCUACGAAACGUCUGAACGUCUACCUUGAAAGGAGAAAACGAAAAAAGGAUUUGGGAGAAAUAUGUCUAUAG